AUGGCCUUGACCAGCAGGGAAAAUAUUUUGAGGAUUUCUCUCCAUUGUCUGACGCUCUGGGGGCUGAAAAGUGCUGGCAUCCCCCAUCAUGUGGACUCGUACUACUAUCUCCACUCUGCUGGUCCAAUCAAUGGCGGACCUGAAAAUUUGGGCCUGUGGGACAGUGCUUAUGGUGUUCUAUUCGUCGUGCCGUAUGAUGGAUGUACACAAGGCGCUUCAAAUGCCGACGGAAGAUCCUGUCUUGGUGCCGAGGCUUGGCGUCAGCUAUCCGCAGCUGACUAA